CUUCAAGAGCUCAAAUAGUUAGAUCGAGUCACGGUACAUUCGAAACAAAAGCUUCAGUAUUUCCCUACUCAAAACUUUCAAAGAAAAUGUCGAGCAGCCAGUUCAAUGCAGGACAAACCCACGGCCAGACUCAGGCAAAGGCAGAGAAUUGGACGGAAUCAGCUAAGAGCACAGCAAAUGCGGCGCAUGACAAGGCCUGCGAUAUGGCGGGUGAUUCCCAAGGGCAGGCCCAGAGAAGCAAGGAGGAAAAUGCUGGACUUCUUCAGCAGACCGGAGAACAGAUGGUGAACAUGGCUCAAGGGGCCAUCGAUGGAAUGAAGAACACUCUUGGGAUGAAUGACAAGAAGUGAAAGAAAGAAUACUUAAUGUCUUUUGAAUUUCUUGAUAAAGAUUUAUAGCUCCCAAGAUGUAAUAAGAAGAGCUUUUACAAUCUCAUGCUGUCAUAAGAUAGAUGGAUUUUAGGGUGUUAGCAAUCUUUUUGUAGUGAUAGAAUUGUGUUCUAAUUUUAGGAUUCUAUCACUGAAUUCUUGUCAUAAUGUAAUGUAAUGAUGUCGUAAAAACAAUUCGCAACUUAUUUAUAUAUGUCUAAUUAAUUUGAGCAUUUCGUCACUAGUUAUGUAUAACCUGACAAGUUCUUACAUAACAAAAGGACUUAAUUGAUUUUA